AUGAGAACCUACAGAGAACCUGACAGAGAACCUACAGAGAACCCGACAGAGAACCUGACAGAGAACCUGACAGAGAACCUGACAGAGAACCUGACAGAGAACCUGACAGAGAACCUGACAGAGAACCUGACAGAGAACCUGACAGAGAACCUGACAGAGAACCUGACAGAGAACCUGACAGAGAACCUGACAGAGAACCUGACAGAGAACCUGACAGAGAACCUGACAGAGAACCUGACAGAGAACCUACAGCUUUCACAAAGACAGGAACAGGAAGCAGCAGCUGGGCACGCACUGGGAACCUGCUCUGGUCCAGGGUUCAGACUGGACUCUCUGAGGUCUGAGAUUAUGGCCUCCUCUCACAACGUCCUGUGGAGAAAAGUCUAA